GCUCCUACGCGCAGAUCUGCCCGCUCAGCUUUGAGUGCGGACGGCGGAGGUGCCUGCUGCUUCCCCCACGCUGCCCGCAGACAUGCUCCGUUUAUCUACAGUACUCCGUCAGAUAAGGCCAGUGUCCAGAGCACUCGCCCCCCAUCUAACACGAGCAUAUGCAAAAGAUGUUAAGUUUGGAGCAGAUGCUAGAGCUCUUAUGCUUCAAGGAGUAGAUCUUCUAGCGGAUGCUGUAGCUGUCACCAUGGGGCCAAAGGGAAGAACAGUUAUUAUUGAACAGAGCUGGGGAAGUCCCAAAGUGACAAAAGACGGUGUGACAGUAGCGAAGGCAAUUGACCUAAAAGACAAAUACAAAAAUAUUGGAGCCAGGUUAGUUCAAGAUGUUGCCAACAAUACAAAUGAAGAAGCAGGAGAUGGUACCACUACUGCAACGGUACUUGCACGUGCUAUUGCCAAGGAGGGCUUUGAGAAGAUCAGCAAAGGAGCUAAUCCAGUAGAAAUCAGGAGGGGGGUGAUGCUUGCAGUUGAUGCUGUCAUAGCGGAACUGAAGAAGCUGUCUAAACCUGUUACAACUCCAGAAGAAAUUGCACAGGUUGCCACGAUAUCAGCAAAUGGAGAUCAGGAAAUUGGCAAUAUAAUCUCCGAUGCAAUGAAAAAAGUUGGACGAAAGGGUGUGAUCACUGUCAAGGAUGGAAAAACUCUAAACGAUGAAUUGGAAAUCAUUGAGGGUAUGAAAUUUGACAGAGGCUACAUCUCUCCGUAUUUUAUUAAUACAACCAAAGGGCAGAAAUGUGAAUUCCAGGACGCUUAUGUUUUAAUCAGUGAAAAGAAAAUUUCUAGUGUACAGUCCAUAGUUCCAGCUCUUGAAAUUGCCAAUGCUCACCGCAAACCUUUGGUCAUUAUUGCUGAAGAUGUUGAUGGAGAAGCCCUCAGCACUCUGGUCUUGAACAGACUGAAGGUUGGGCUUCAGGUUGUUGCUGUAAAAGCACCAGGUUUUGGUGACAACAGGAAAAACCAGCUUAAGGAUAUGGCAAUCGCUACUGGCGGUGCUGUGUUUGGAGAAGAGGGUUUGAGCCUAAAUGUGGAAGAUAUUCAGCCUCACGACUUUGGUAAAGUUGGAGAGGUCAUUGUGACAAAAGAUGACACCAUGCUUCUAAAGGGGAAGGGUGAAAAGGCUCAAAUUGAAAAGCGUAUUCAAGAAAUUAUUGAACAGCUGGAAGUUACCACAAGUGAAUAUGAAAAAGAGAAACUGAAUGAGCGAUUGGCCAAACUCUCUGAUGGAGUAGCGGUAUUGAAGGUUGGUGGCACAAGUGAUGUUGAAGUGAAUGAGAAGAAGGACAGAGUUACUGACGCCCUGAAUGCGACCCGUGCUGCUGUAGAGGAAGGCAUUGUUCCAGGUGGCGGCUGUGCGUUGCUUCGCUGCAUUCCAGCAUUAGAUGCCUUAGCUCCAGCCAACGAAGACCAGAAAAUUGGCAUUGAAAUAAUAAAGAGAACGCUGAAAAUCCCAGCAAUGACUAUUGCAAAGAAUGCAGGCGUUGAAGGAUCGUUAAUAGUUGAAAAAAUCCUGCAGAGUCCAUCAGAAGUUGGCUAUGAUGCAAUGCUUGGGGACUUUGUAAAUAUGGUAGAAAAAGGCAUCAUAGACCCAACGAAGGUUGUGAGAACUGCCCUGAUGGACGCUGCAGGUGUUGCGUCUCUCUUAUCAACAGCAGAAGCAGUGGUGACUGAAAUUCCUAAAGAAGAAAAGGAGCCGGCAAUGGGAGGAAUGGGGGGGAUGGGGGGAGGAAUGGGGGGGGCAUGUUCUGAUUCCUGGGAUGGGGAUGCAUCAUGA